GCAAGAUGACUCCUCUCUCGUCAUUUCCGGUUUUGACGACGAACACCCGGCGCACUUCCUGUCCGAGCCUCCACCCGCGAUGACGGACGCAUACAAACGUCGCGGCGCCACAAACUCGUCGCCUGAAAGAGGAGCGUCCCUCGGAGCCCAAAAUGAGACUUUUAGCGACGAGUCGACGGCGUUUCACAAGCUGCUGGCGGCCGCUUUUUACGGCCUUAGUUCCUUCCUCAUCGUGGUUGUCAACAAAAGUGUCCUCAGCAGCUACAGGUUCCCCUCCUCCAUGUGCCUGGGACUGGGCCAGAUGCUGGCCACUGUGGUGGUGCUGAGGACUGGCAAAGUGCUGGGAAUCAUCUCCUUUCCUGACAUGGACCUGACUAUUCCACGCAAGGUGUUUCCACUGCCACUGCUCCAUGUGGGCAAUCAGAUGUCUGGACUGUUGGGGACACAACGUCUCAACUUACCUAUGUUCACAGUCCUACGGAGGUUCAGCAUCUUGUUCACCAUGGUGUGUGAAGUCAUCUUGCUCAGGAAGUGGUACUCACGGAGCAUCCAAGUCAGCGUGGUGACCAUGUUGCUGGGAGCUGGGAUUGCUGCCAGCACCGACCUCACCUUUGACACACCAGGAUACACCUUCAUCAUGAUCAACAACCUGCUGACUGCAGCCACUGGUGUUUAUGUCAAGAAGAAACUCAACUCACAGGACUUGAACACCUUUGGACUGCUGUACUACAACGCUGUCAUCAUGGUCCCGCCCACACUGGUCUACACCUGGUACACAGGAGACCUGGCCAAGGGUCUGGACUUCCCAGGAUGGUCUGACUGGAUGUUUGCUACACAGUUUUUCCUCUCGUGUGUCAUGGGGUUUGUGUUGAUGCUGUCUGUGAUGACGUGCACGCACCACAACUCUGCUCUCACCACCUCCAUCGUGGGCUGCGUCAAGAAUGUUCUGGUCACCUACGUGGGGAUGGUCCUGGGUGGGGACUACAUCUUCUCCUGGACUAACUUCCUUGGUUUGAACGUGAGCAUCGCAGGAAGUCUGUUGUAUUCUCACCUCACCUUCACACAGCAAAGUAAGAACACUUGAUGAUGAUGAACAUGUGCUUGAGUACAUUUGAUGAUGAUGAUGAACAUGUGCUUGAGUACAUUUGAUGGUGAUGAUGUGCUUGAGUACAUUUGAUGGUGAUGAACAUGUGCUUGAGUACAUUUGAUGGUGAUGAUGAACAUGUGCUUGAGUACAUUUGAUGAGGAACAUGUGCUUGAGUACACUUGAGGAUGAGGAACAUGUGCUACAUUUGAUGAUGAGGAACAUGUGCUUGAGUACAUUUGAUGAUGAUGAACAUGUGCUUGAGUACAUUUGCUGAUGAUGAACAUGUGCUUGAGUACACUUGCUGAUGAUGAACAUGUGCUGACUUGCAACAGAAAAGGUGUGAAGCAAAAGUCCAUCUUGUUUGUCUGGAAAGAUUAAAAUGACUUUUGA